GGGGCUGAUGGUACUUGUUCAUCUCUCUCUCUCUUUCUAGCCUAGGAUACAGGUGGAUGCUGGUGCUUGUUUAGUUUUUGUGAUGAGAAUAAUAUACAUGCGUGCUUGAUCCUGUGUUGUGAAAAGGGUAUCUUAAAUUCUCUCUUUUCUAUGGAUAUUUUUAUUGCAUUUUAAUUUUUGGUUGUGCUGGAGGUGCUUUCGAUUUUUUGUAGUGUAAAGUGCAUAUGAACACAAUCAUAUGUUAUCGUUCUGGUGGACGAACUAGAAAUUUUGAAAAAAAUGAAGGAAAAAAGUCUGUAAAAAGGGUGUGUUGUGUUUACUUUGCUAGUCCAUAUUUUCAUAAUAAUGAAAGUUGAUUGGUUUUCUUGGUGGUAAGGUGUCUGUGUUAUUGUCUGAUGAAAAAAUUUACGUGCUAAGAGUUCAUUUUAUUUGCUUUGACGCCUAGCAGUGAGAUAGCACUUCUAUUUGAGAAGCUGAGUGGUUGGGCUUUGGAUUGAUGAGAAGUUGGGUUCUUUUUGGUUGUCCAUGAAAAUGAGGUUUUGAUUGAAGAUGGUAACAGUAAAAAUGAGGGACUGUGGUAGGAGCUGGAGAAUCCCUCCAUUUCUUGGAUGCUUUGCACCUCUAGGGGGAUGAUCAUGGAGGAUUUUUCUGGGUCUUCUUGGCAGAAGUCUGAUAAUUCUAGGGGAUUGAGUACCUCCAGAGUCUCAGAUUGUAAUCGAAGACCUGCAACGCGAUAUUCUGUGUUUAGAAAGGAGACUGAUAGGCUUGUGCUGGCGCGCCAUAACCCCAAAAACCAGGUUAGUUUUUUUGGGGGUUACAAGGAUGAAGCUGCAGUUGACCCUUUUGCCCGAACUUUAGAAUGGGGUGAUGUUAGCUUGAGGCAGUGGUUGGACAAACCUGAAAGAUCCAUUGAUGAAUUUGAAUGUUUACAUAUAUUUAGGCAAAUAGUUGAGAUUGUAAAUGAGGCACAUUCUCAAGGAAUUGUUGUUCAUAAUGUCCGGCCUUCUUGCUUCCUAAUGACAUCAUUUAACCAUGUGUCUUUCAUUGAGUCUGCUUCUUGUUCGGAUUCUGGGUCGGAUUCUCUAGAAGACGGACUGAAUAGCCAAACCUUGGAGGUUAAAAAUUCAUCAUCUCCCUUGCCUAAUGACAUGUUUCAGCACAGUAGUAGGUUAGGAAGUGAAGCUUUUCAGCCUGGAUCUACUCCAAAGAAUGCUUUAUCAGAAGCUAGUUGCAUUCAAUCAAGUUCAGUUCAUGCCACCCAUGUGCCAUUGGGGGAGGAGACUGAAGAAGAUAAAAUCUGUGAUAGGAGGAACGCUGAACAAGAAGAAGAAGAAAGGAAGCAACCUUUUCCAAUGAAGCAGAUAUUGCUUAUGGAGACCAGUUGGUACUCUAGUCCUGAAGAGGUUGCUUGUUCACCAAGCACUUGUGCUUCAGACAUCUACAGAUUAGGAGUUCUUCUAUUUGAGUUGUUCUGCCCAUUCAGCUCAAGAGAAGACAAGAGCAGAACUAUGUCUAGUCUGAGGCAUCGGAUUCUUCCUCCUCAAUUGUUACUGAAGUGGCCAAAAGAAGCUUCAUUUUGCCUAUGGUUAUUGCACCCAGAGCCUAGUAGUCGGCCAAAAAUGGGUGAGUUGUUACUGAGUGAGUUUCUUAAUGAACCAAGAGAGAAUUUAGAAGAACGUGAAGCAGCAAUACAACUUAGAGAGAGAAUAGAGGAGCAGGAGUUGUUGCUGGAAUUCCUUCUGUUGAUACAACAAAGAAAACAGGAAGCUGCUGAUAAGUUACAAGAUACUGUUUCUCUCCUGUGUUCCGAUAUUGAAGAAGUUAUGGCGCACCGAACAUUUCUUAAGAAAAAGGGCGGCUCAGGCCUAGAAAGACCGAAGGAUGAUAAUUUUGCAUCAAAUCUCCCUCAAUUGAGUCUUGUUGAUAAUGAUGAGUCUUCUAGCUUGGGUAAUAGAAAACGAUUCCGACCAGGCAUUCAGAUUCUUGAUGUAGAGGAAUGUGAUGAUAAUCUAGAUGAUGGUCAGAACUCAGAUAUGCUCACAGAAACUCAAGAAAGUCUACUCUUCAAAAGUUCACGAUUGAUGAAGAACUUUAAGAAAGUAGAGUCGGCAUAUUUUUUGACAAGAUGCAGGCCAGCAAGGCCAUCAGGGAAACUUUGCACUAGACAUUCACCAAUGAGUAGUGAUGGGAGAGGUUCUAUUGUUGUUACUGAAAGGAGCUCCAUUAAUAACUUAGCACCAAAAGAGCUGCAUGUUGAGAGUAGAAGAAGUGGAUGGAUAAGUCCAUUUCUCGAGGGUUUUUGCAAGUAUUUAUCUUUCAGUAAGUUAAAAGUUAAGGCUGAUUUGAAACAAGGCGAUUUGUUGAACUCUUCGAACCUAGUGUGCUCCCUUAGUUUUGAUCGUGAUGGACAACUUUUUGCUACAGCGGGUGUUAAUAAGAAGAUAAAAGUAUUUGAAUGUGAUACGAUUAUAAAUGAAAAUCGUGAUAUCCACUAUCCUGUUGUCGAGAUGGCUAGCAGGUCAAAACUAAGUAGCGUAUGCUGGAACAGUUACAUUAAAAGCCAGAUUGCUUCUAGUAACUUUGAAGGUGUGGUGCAGGUGUGGGAUGUCACACGAAGUCAAGUACUAACAGAAAUGAGAGAACAUGAGAGGCGUGUAUGGUCCAUUGACAUUUCAUCAGCAGAUCCGACAAUGUUGGCUAGUGGGAGUGAUGAUUGUUCUGUUAAGCUAUGGAAUAUCGAUCAGGCAAUUCUAUUUUUGCACUUGGGAGUAAGUAUUGGUACAAUCAGAACAAAGGCCAAUGUCUGCUCUGUUCAAUUUCCCUUGGAUUCUAGCCGUUCUCUUGCAUUUGGUUCGGCAGAUCAUAAAAUUUACUACUAUGAUCUUCGUAACUUAAAAGUGCCUUUGUGCACAUUGGUUGGACACAAUAAAACUGUGAGUUAUGUGAGGUUUGUAGAUCCAACAAAUCUUGUUUCUGCAUCCACGGAUAACACGUUAAAGCUCUGGGAUUUGUCAAUGUGUGCAUCUCGGGUUAUUGAUAUUCCCCUUCAAUCAUUCACGGGUCACAUGAACAUUAAGAACUUUGUGGGUUUGUCAGUAUCAGAUGGUUAUAUUGCAACUGGCUCAGAAACAAAUGAGGUUUUCAUCUACCAUAAAGCUUUCCCCAUGCCAGCAUUGUCAUUCAAGUUCAACAACACCGAUCUGCUUUCAGGUCAAGAAAUUGAUGAUCCUGCACAGUUUAUUUCUUCCGUCUGCUGGCGAGCCCAGUCCUCUACCUUAGUUGCUGCAAAUUCUACUGGGAAUAUCAAAAUUUUGGAGAUGGUUUAAUUUGGUCUAUGCUCUUCAACCCACAAAUGAAAUUUUAUCAAAAGAAACAAGACAGUGAUGGUGUUUGGGCAGAAACAGUUGAAAUCAGGAUAACAAUCUUUGCACCAUAGGAAAUUGUGAAACUAAAGGAUAUGGGAACUCGAGGGUUGCAAUUAAAAUUACAACUUUGGGAUUAGAUGAUAGAGGAUGCAAUUAAAGCAAUGAGAUAAUGCUCAGGAUCCAAUGCACUGUAGAUAAAAUUCAGGGGAAGAAAAGGAAAAAAAGGAGCCUAAAUUUAUUUUUCCCCUUGUAUAUUUUUGCAAUGCUUAUAGUUAAAUCAUUUUUUCACAA